GCUGCUGAGCUCUGAGCACAGGCAGGCAAGGGACUGGGGAGGGAGCUGCCUUCCAAAGACUCACUCCAAACGGCACAGCAUCCCAGAGAACCCUUCAGGGACCCUCUCCCCAAGACAACCGUCACCAGGAGCGAACCGGAGGGACGAGUCCUGGGAGGAUCCACGAGAUACCUGAGACCCGCCAGCAACUGAGGGAAGGCCAGAAAUUGGAGGGGGAUCGAUUUAAUUCCGACACCUUGGUGACGUGCAUCCAGCUGCUGACACGGAGAUCAACUGCGAUGCCCCAGGUAAACCAGAUCUAGCGAUCAGAGCCAAGAGCCAUUCCACCCCAGCCAGAAUUUUCCUCCACCUCCAAGAAAAAGACCUCCUACCACCAGGAAGCAUCCUGCAUCCCACUACGGAGGCCGCCACCCGCACCUGUCAUCCUUCGCUGGGAGUCUUCCUGACCUGGUUCUUCUGUCGGCAGUUUAGCUCACCUAUGUGGAUGUCCAGUAGGUAGGUUCCUAAUUCAGCCAGAAUUGUCUCUGUUUGAACCUGCCAAGAGGGUUCUGCUUUUGGUUCUUCGAAAACUAACAGCCAAACUUUCGUACGACAUAUAUAGACGGCUGCAUUAAAAUUCUAGCACCUUCACGGAAAAUGAAUGAUGCUUCUGCUUCGUGUAAAACGUGCUGCAAUGCAUCCUGGAAAGAUAAUUCCUUCAGAUCGCUUAGAAAAGUUGCUUAGUUACCUCUGAGGAACUUGGUUAAGAACUGCAAUAACUCUGGGGUCCUCAUAAACAGUCCUUUGUGUAAUUUGCAGCUGGAGGAAAAAAGGAAACGAAUCAGGUUUGAAAGCUUGAAAGAGUUUGGCCAGGGGACUCUGAGCCCCAGAAGCACUAGGAAACCAUUUCCAUUUUUAUGAACAAGCUUCAAGCUUUUUUUUUCUUAAUUUCCCAUAAGUCUUCACACCUUAGUUUAUUUUUUAACAAAACAUUUCAAUUCACCAGUUCUUGAUUUCAAAGCCCAUCAGUGAAUGGGCUGCUUGUGAUACAUCUCUCUUGCCCCUACCUUCCCUCCCCACCCCACCCGGUUAAAAACCUCAGACUCUACUCUUGAAAAGAGCAAUAUUAAAAGGAAGAAAAAGGAAAAACAGAAGAGGAGAGUGAGGGAGAGAGAGACAAGAGGAGAACCUAAGAAAAGCAAGGAAAUGCAACUCUCCCCCGGGUUCCUUCACGGGAAGGAGCCACUAGGAGCCAUUGUCCUGCUCGGUGUCCUCGGGCUCCUGUGUGACCUGGGCAGCAGUAGCUUCCUUCGAAACCAUCUCCAUCCCUCCAGCUUCUUGCAAAGAAGACUAAGUGGUCGGGAGAAGCGGGAAAUGCAGCGGGAAAUCCUGUCCAUUCUAGGCUUGCCUGGCAGGCCGCGGCCCAAAGCCCCCUCUGGGGGCAAACCGCCUUCCUCGGCCCCGCUAUUCAUGCUGGACCUAUACCACGCCAUGGCCAGCGAGGAAGAAGAUGGAGAGGUUGGGGGUGAAACCGAGGUGGCUUGGAGCAGAGGAGUCUCCAGACCUGUUCUGACCAGCUUAAGCACUCAGAGUCCUCCCUUGGGAAGAGUCAUCAGUCAUGCAGACAUGGUCAUGAGCUUUGUCAACAUGGUUGAACAUGACCGAGAUAUAUUCUACCAGAAACCCUACUGGAAAGAAUUUAGAUUCGACUUGACCCAAAUUCCAACAGGGGAAUCUGUGACAGCAGCUGAAUUCCGGAUUUACAAGAUGCGAAGUUUCACUCGUCACAUCAACAAAACUCUUCACAUCAGCAUAUAUGAGAUAAUCAAGGAACAAUCUAACAGGGAAUCUGAUUUGUUCCUGUUAGAUAUACAAGAUCUUCGAGCUGGUGAUGAAGGCUGGUUGGUUUUUGAUGUCACAGCAGCCAGCAACCACUGGUUAUUAAAUCGUAAAAAUAACCUUGGACUGCGACUUUAUGUAGAAACUGACGAUGGACAGAGUGUGGAUCCCGGAUUAGCUGGACUCUUAGGUCGGCAAGGCCCACGUUCCAAGCAACCUUUUAUGGUCACUUUUUUCAGGGCAAACCAGAAUCCAAUCCGAGCUACUCGGGCAGUCAAACACCUGAAGAAGAGACAGCCAAAAAAGACAAAUGACUUACCACACCCAAACAAACUCCCAGGAAUUUUUGAUGAUAUUCAUUCUACUGAUGGCAGGCAAGUUUGCCGAAGGCAUGAGCUCUAUGUUAGCUUUCAGGACCUAGGAUGGCUGGAUUGGGUCAUUGCACCCCAAGGAUAUUCUGCCUAUUACUGUGAAGGAGAAUGUGCUUUUCCUCUAGAUUCUUGCAUGAAUGCAACCAAUCACGCCAUCCUGCAGUCACUGGUUCACCUGAUGAAGCCUGAAACCGUCCCCAAGGCCUGUUGUGCUCCCACAAAACUUAGCGCAACUUCGGUCCUUUAUUACGACAACAACAACAACGUUAUCCUCAAAAAGCACCGAAAUAUGGUUGUUAAAUCAUGUGGCUGUCACUGAAAGUCUCCGAGGAAACGUGAGCUGCAUUUUUAGGAAAAAAACAUUUUAACAGGUCUGAAUCACAGGUAAUUGUUGCCAAAAUACAGAACGGGGAAACCUCUAGUUAUAAAUAAAAGGCAUGUAAAACUACCUUUCCAUUCUUAAUGCAACUAUAUACCAUUGGGGGAUUUGUGUCUAUCAUAAAUGUUGUUUAUGACCAUUAGCUUCUGUUACAAGGCUUUUGGCUAUCUUGUUACUGGACUCUUAUUAUUGUUGGAUUCAUAACUGGACCAAGAUAAGUGAUACUUUUUGUACUCAAAUCUAGCAGAACAGUCACUGAUUUCAAAGAAAGUAAACACAACAUGAACUUGGUUCUCAUAUUUUGGAGAGUAAAUUCUGUUCUAUGAAAUUAUAUGGGGCAGGAGUGUUGAGAACACACAGGUCCUAUAUAUAUGAAUUUAUACACACUUCAAAGUAGGAGAAUACAGAGAGAGAGAGAGAGAACAGUUGAUCCAUACUCGUAAAAACUGCAAGAAGCAUCCAAACUGAAACCAGGGUGUUCAUUAAAGUAUAAUGUUCUUCUAACAGGACAUCUCUAUUACUGUGACUAAACAAGCUUUGAGUAGCUGACUAUUAUCAAGUUUAUUCUCUGUGGCAGUUCAAAUUCAGUAUUCAACUAUCCUCUAAUCAUCCCACUGUUAAAGCAAAUCACGAGGCAGAGUGCAACAAAUGUCACAUAAUUGUGUUAAAUGAAAAUACACUGUGUGGAUUGAAGCAUUAUUUUCUGUCUAAAUGCACAGUAUCUGUGGUUCAUGAAAAUUAAAGUAUAUUUACGUGUGCGUGGGUAUAUAUCUUGAUACACAUGCAUAUACAUUUGUAUAUAUUAAGUUAUGAUUUGCGGCAUUGGCAUUAGCAGUCUCUCCAAUAAAGUGACAACAUUUUCAAAGUU